AACAAUGUCUGUCAAAACGUCAAAAAGAUAAAAUCGUUGGUUAUUUAUUUUGCUGUAGCGUGUGAUUUUUUAUCAAUUUGGUAUUUUACUGAAGGUAUAUUUUGAUUAAGACUUAAACUGAAGACAUAUUGCUAGCUAAUUACAUUUUAUUUAUAGCCUGUUAAAAGUAGGUACGUAAUUCGUACGAGACGCUGAAGUCAUCGAUAAAACUCGACUACUUCGAAAUUAUUAUUAAACAGAAAGAUGCUUGGUUAUUCGAAUGCUGGUAUCCCGGACAGAUCUUGGCAGCCACCAGUAGCAGUUAUUGAGACAACGAUGGGUAUAAUAAUAGUGGAAAUGUACUGGAAACACACUCCUAUCACUUGCAGAAACUUUAUGGAACUUGUCCGAAGAGGCUAUUAUAACAACACUAAGUUCCAUAGAAUUAUCAGGGACUUCAUGAUCCAGGGUGGUGAUCCGACAGGCUCAGGGAAAGGUGGUCAAUCAAUAUAUGGCCUUCAUUUUGACGAUGAAAUAACAAGUGACCUGAAACAUACUGGAGCCGGCAUUUUAUCCAUGGCCAACGCUGGCCCUGACACAAAUGGAUCUCAAUUCUUUAUAACUCUAGCUCCAACCCAGUGGCUUGAUGGAAAACACACUGUGUUUGGCAGAGUGCAAAGUGGUAUGACAGUUGUAAAAAGAAUUGGUUUAGUUGAAUGUGAUAAAAAUGACUGUCCUGUAGAUGAUAUCCGUAUAGAAAGAGCAUACAUACCGAAAUAAAUAAAUAAAUAUAAUUUAA